ACACAGUCUCUCCCCUAUUCGUCACAUACUGCCGUUUGGUCAUUUCCCCCUCACGUCCAUAAGCAACGUUGAGGGUACCCCCUAUUCGUCACUUGACAACGUAGAGGAGGGUCGUCCGAUAUUUGAAUGCAAAUCCCUCAUCUUUGGAUUUUGACGAACCUGGCUUAUCCAUCUAGCGGUUUUUCUGCGCUGGAAAGUAUGGUUUCAGGCGAUUAAUUUUAAUGCUGCUAAUAUUAUGUUAAUGUAUUUUGCAGUAGCAUGCUGCGCAAAUACUGUUAAUCAUUAAUUGGUGAAGUGACCAUAUAUUUUAUUGGAGCAGAAACCCUGUUCUAAAUCGGAAACACGCCUUUUUUCUUUUUUAAUAUAAUUUUGGGCUACAUUAAAAUGGCAUAAUUGCAGGACUGCAUAUUUGCUGUAGGCUUAAACAUGCCUUAAUUUAAGUGGGAUAUUUUUAAUUGUCGAUGGUAUAUUUGCAAUGGCUUAUAGUGUAUAGUGAGCCUGCUUUGUUGGUUUUUUUUUUUUUUUUUGCGACCAAAAAAAUAAAUAAAUAAAAAUAACACCUCAACAACAAAAAAAUACCAAUAGCAUACUUUUAUAGACCUUUCAUCUCAAUACUAAUUAUGAAGUUGUGAUAAAUAGCCUGCUGCAGAAAUGUUUAUAUUACUUAAUAUGGACAUAUCCUUUGGCAAAGAGAUGGAUGCAUUCUGGGGCGUGAUGUGUUAAAAUGUAAUUGCUAACAUAUACCCAUGUUUUCUUAGACAUUUCUGCUGUCCCCUUUAAAAUUUUGAGCGAGGAUAUAAAAUAUUAAGACUGUACUUUUUCAUUAUGAUUUAUAUUUUGGCGCAAUUUUGUGCAGCGCGUCACUGUGCGCGACCAUCACAGAAACCAUUGCCCAGCGCGAUUCCACCACGGUUCCUUAAUCCCUCACCUUUAAAAAAAAAAACAGCACCUCAUUACAUUAAAAAGGCACUUUUAAGAGCCACAUUUGUCUUGUAUCUUGUUACUCUCUUUACUGUUGUAUUGUUUUCUCUCUCUUGCUGUCUUACUGUCUCCCCCCCCAUUCCUCUGAGUGUGGUUUUUGUUUGUUUGUUUUGUCUUUUUUUUGUCUGUGUGUUUAUAGUGUGUUUAUCUUUUGUGCCAUGUCUGAUCAUGAGAUGGACUGUCUCCUAAAUGAGAUGAGUGACCUUGUCGAUCAGGCUGAACAUCAAGCUCACCUCCAACAGCUCAUUAGCAUGCACCAGGAAGCAGAACCAUCCACCAGUCAGCCUUCCACCCGUAAUCCAUCCACCAGCCAGCCAUCAAACAGCAAGCAAGAUGUUAGGUGGAUUAAGAGGGACAGUGAUGGAAACAUUAUUUACAGCAGGCCCAGAUCAUCCCGGAAACAAGCAGGUCCCAGUCACAGCCAGAGUCGAAAGACUGGUGUCUCUCAUAUCAGGGCUCCGGAAACCAGUGCGGAAAUGACCAGUGACUUUCUUUCCAUUACUGCAGAGUCCUUCCUUCAAGAGCUUAAAAGCUCAUUGUUUGAGGACAUACAUGAGGAUGAAACGGCACUUCAAGCCUCAACAGACUGGUUGACCCGAAAGAGCCUCAUAUCAGGGUGGUGGGAGAAAGAGAGACCCCGACUGGUCAACACCAUGGUGGCUCGACAACAUGUGGCAAAACGGAUCUGCCAACAUUGUGGAAAUGGUCCAGCCGUUAUCCGUUGUUGUGACUGCCGACCACACCCAUUCCUCUGUGGCCAGUGUGAUGUCAGGGUCCACCGAGGUCACGUGUUCCACAACAGGGAUUCGAUGACCCAUGCAUUCUUUAAUCCAUUGCCUCCCACAACUUGUGUUGUGGAGAGGGUUCUAACCCAGUGUGAGCGUCUUGUACCUUUGGAGAUGCCAGAGACAAUAUGCGGUUGUCAACGAGUAUCGUCCAGUGUCAUCGCAGGACAGUCCAUAGUUGUGGUUACAAUGAAUGGGCGAUAUGAUCUCAGAUUGCCUCAGAUUAGAUGCAAAGCAUGUGAAGCCACUUGGAGUCCUGCAGUGGAUGACCUGAUCCGUAAUGACUACUGGCCGGCCACUUCUCACUAUUCAACUGUGUAUGCAACAGAUGUCCUUUUUUCUUUUGAAGAGCUGAAGAUGGCAGCACCAGGGAUAUCUAGCCAAGCAUUUCUUAGAAUGCUGGAUCAACGCACUGUUCGCUUUGGCCGUAAUGGAAACAUCACAGCAGACAGCUUCCGGAAAAGCUUCUUGGAGUGGGAAGCUGUCCGAUUCGAAGUGGACAAAUUAUGCCAGGAGGACCACUUUAACUGCCCAGCAUGCAGCCCAGACAUGCUUGCAGUAUCCGUUGAUGGAAACCGUAAGCACUACAGAUUCAAGAGUGCAGCUAGAUCGGAGGAAAAAGCCAUCUUUGAUGGCGUGUUCAUCGCGAAUGAUGAUGACGUCACAAGAUUCGUGGACUAUGUCCAUACCUCAACCAGUCAUGUCUCUGGAAGAGGUGUCUGUGGAGGGCAAUGGUCAGCGGCUCGUGAAACGUCUCAGAAGUCCUCAGGAAAAACAGAUGAGGAGGGCCUGGAACUUGCUGUAUGUCGUCAUGGGGUUCUCCUUCGUGCCCUCAAUAUGUUCAGGGGCGAAAUCUUUGCCUACCCCCUGUACCUCCAAAAGCAAAUGGCCUGUAAGCCAGUUACAUUUUUUGCAAUGGAUGUGGCAUGCAAGUACUGGCCUUACCUCCAGAGAGUGACAGAGAAAUGCCCUGAGCUUCAGGAUCUCCUCAACAUGAGGCCAUUUCUUUCUGUUUUUCAUGCCAAAGCUCAUGAUUUCAAAUGUGAGGUAAAAUGGAGUGGAGCAUAUCAGGAGGGGGCUGGUUCGACUCUUGGCGAAGAGGUGGAGCAGUGCAACGCCUUCCUCUCGAGGAUUGCUGUUACGACAAAGCACAUGUCAAAAGCGGGACGCAUUGACAUGCUGACAAUCAUGGCCAUGCGCUGGAACCAACAAAAGUUUGACAACUUGGCUUCUACCCUUGCCCGCCGAUAUCGGAAGGCCACAAUAGCCCUGCAAUGCCAGUUGCAUAACCUGGAGGCCAUGAAAACAGAAAUGGACAUCUCUGACAAUCAACUGGAGAGGUGGAUCAUUGAUAUCAAUGAGUGGGCAGAAGCAACAACAUCCCCAAAUGAUGCUGAUGUUGCCGCUGUUGCCAGCCGAAUUGAGGAGCUGGUGGCAAGUGUUAAGAGGAAGUCCCAGCGUCUUUACAAGGAUAGUGACGGAUGCAAAGGACGUGCCCGAAUCCGCCGAAAGAUCAGGGAGGAAAAAAAAAUCUUAAAUUCUGUAGUGGAAAAAUAUAACACCUUGGUUCCUAAUGCAGAAAAACUGACAUUGGACACCAUUCUAUGUGACGAGAUUGUUUGGCCAUGGCAGCUUACCCACGGUGACUCUGUAGAUCUAAGGACAAAGAGGAAGGCGUUCGACAUUGUGAUGGCAGUAAGGAGACUUGAGGAGGAGAAGAGGAUUCUUAUUGCAGAGAUGAACAAGCAUUGGAAGUCUCUUUGCUCCCGUGCAGACACCCUGAAGCAGAUGUCAUCCCAGCUUGCUAAUGUGACAUCAGGUGAAACGUGGGGCCUGCUUCAAGAUGGUAUCCGAGGUCUAAAGAGCUUGACAUUGAAGAACAAGCAAGCAAGCAACAGCCUGGCAAAGCAUGCAAAGACAUUUUAUGUUCAAGUUCUGACUGAAACAGAAAUUAACUUUGAUAGUCAUUCUGAGGAAUACGAUACCAGUAGUGACUCUGAGCAAGAUUAAACAUGGCCAGAGUCCUUUUUUCUGCUGUUGUGUGCUGGGGAGGGCUGCUGGGACAGGUUGGUAAGGAAAGCUGGUUCUGUGUUUGGCAUGGAGCUGGAGUUAAGUAGCAGUCUUCUGUCAUGCUCAACAUUGAGGAGGUCCUUUGUCCCCAGGGCAAACCAGCAACUCAAUUUCAUAGAGAAGAUUAGGGGCAUGAGUCUCACCCUGCGCCAACCAUUACAUCACUUUGUCUAUUGUCUAGUAUCCACUAUC